GGAAUAUUUCUGACAGUACGCUGGACAGUCCGGCAAUUUCAAGAUGAAAGGGGCGCACGAAGAGCGAACACGCUGUGAGCGCCCCAGCGGUGGAUGUGGCAGUCCUUGCGAUGAUGACUUUCAACCGCCAGCUGGAGGUGGAGGAGGAGGGUGCACAUACCUUCCUGUACAUCCCGAUUGGAAGACAGCAUCGUAUCCUCUCAAGUAAUAGAUUGCCACCAAGACUGGUGCGGGCGGUGCGAGACCUUGCAACCCACGUUCCAGAGGAUAUCUCUUGAGACGGUAGACAGCGAAAAUCGUUGCCUGUUUCUCGAGGCAAAUCUCGACAAAUUUGCGGACCAUAUUCAAGCCUGUCUCCCGAAGGACAGCCCGAUGAAUCUCAGCGCCCACGGCUGCAUGCCGUUCACCGUUCUCAUAAAGGGAGGAGUCACGGUGGCAACAAUACGAGGAUGCGAUGCCCCCGCCAUUCUCCGCGAGGUGACCAAGCACAUGCCUCCUCAGCGCACGAGCGACGACAAAGACGCUGAGCCCGAGUCAUGAUGACAUGUCAGCGACACUCGAGUUGACGCGGAAAAACAGAAAACUGCUGCCUUGUUGCUGGUUCUUCGGUGUACACAGGAGGAAACGGUGGAAUGGCAAUAAUACCGCUGUCAUACGCGUCUGCUGUUGUUUCGGAAAUAAACGUUGCAGCAUUUCAUUGACGAAGGUUUACGUUGCAAACUCCAGCGUGUAGGAUAAUAUCAGUGGGAGAUGUUUCAGGGGAUACCCUAAUAAAGGCGAGAU